GAGGAGGAGGAGGUUAACCAAGGCAGCGGCGGCGGCGGCGGCGGCGCAGGGGCUGGGUACGCGCUGGGCGGCGAGAGCCUCAUGGCGGAGGAAGAGAGCGAUCAAGAGGCCGAACGCCUCGGAGAAGAGCUCGUGGCCAUUGUGGAGUCCCCGCCGGGCCCUGUGGGGCUCAGGGCUGCGGACGACGGCAGAGAGGACGCCGGCGGCGGCGACGGCUGUGGCGGCGGCGUCGGGAUCAGCAGCCGGGAUUACUGCCGACGCUUCUGUCAGGUGGUUGAAGAUUAUGCUGGACGAUGGCAGGUCCCUUUGCCACAGCUUCAGGUUCUUCAGACUGCACUUUGCUGUUUCACGUCAGCCAGCUCAUCGUUCCCAGAUGAAUGUGAGCACGUACAGUAUGUUUUGAGUAGUCUUGCUGUGAGUUUCUUUGAGUUGCUCCUGUUCUUUGGAAGAGAUGAGUUUUAUGAAGAACCCUUAAAGGAUAUUCUUGGCUCAUUCCAGGAAUGCCAGAAUCACCUCCGCAGAUAUGGAAAUGUGAAUCUGGAACUGGUGACUCGAAUCAUUAGAGAUGGUGGCCCAUGGGAGGAUCCAGUGUUGCAAGCUAUCCUGAAAGCCCAACCGGCAUCUCAGGAGAUAGUGAACAAAUAUUUAAGUUCUGAAAAUCCACUGUUCUUUGAACUGCGUGCCAGAUACCUAAUUGCCUGUGAACGCAUCCCUGAAGCAAUGGCUCUUAUUAAAUCUUGUAUAAAUCACCCAGAAAUCGGUAAAGACUUGUACUUCCAUCAAGCACUCUUCACCUGUCUGUUUAUGUCACCUGUAGAAGAUCAGCUGUUCCGGGAGCAUUUAUUGAAAACUGACUGCAAGAGUGGGAUUGAUAUCAUCUGUAACACUGAAAAGGAAGGAAAGACUUUGCUAGCCUUGCAACUCUGUGAAUCCUUUCUUAUUCCACAGCUCCAGAACGGGGACAUGUACUACAUAUGGGAGUUGAUUUUCAUAUGGAGUAAACUACAGCUUAAAUCUAAUCCUUCAAAACAAGUGUUUGUAGAUCAAUGUUACCAACUUUUAAGAACAGCAACUAAUGUGAGAGUCAUAUUUCCUUUCAUGAAAAUCAUUAAAGAUGAGGUUGAAGAAGAAGGCUUACAAAUUUGUGUUGAAAUAUGUGGUUGUGCCCUUCAGCUUGAUCUUCAUGAUGAUCCUGAAACUAAAUGUCUUAUUUAUAAGACCAUCGCACAUUUUUUGCCAAAUGAUCUAGAAAUCGUCAGGGUUUGUGCUCUGUCAGUAUUUUUUCUUGAGCGUUCCGUAGAGGCCUACCACACUGUUGAAGAGCUUUACAGACGUCCUGAUGAAGAGUAUAGUGAAGGUACAAGUACUGUUCAAAAUCGUGUUCGUUUUGAAUUACUUCCAAUUUUGAAAAAAGGAUUAUUUUUUGAUCCUGAGUUUUGGAACUUUGUAAUGAUUAAGAAAAACUGUGUGGCAUUACUGCGUGAUAAAACAGCAGUGAGACUUCUGAAUGAAAAUACACUGGAAAAUUCUGCAGGUAGUCUAAAAAAGACAGUGGAACAGCAGAGUGUGGAUGAAGGGCUUGACACACUCACUGAUCAGAGCACUGGAGAGACGGAUCUUGAAGAUGUGUCUGGAGUGCCGUCUAAAGGCCAUCUUAAUGCAAAGAGAAGCCUCAGUGCUCUUAAUACUUCCAAAGUGGAUCACAGUGUCCCAAGGCAUCGGUGCAUGUUAUGUAACAAGGAAUUCCUUGGUGGCCACAUUGUAAGACAUGCUCAGGCUCAUCAGAAAAAAGGCAGUUUUUCAUGUGUGAUCUGUGGUAGAAAAUUUAGGAACAGAGGACUUAUGCAGAAGCAUUUAAAGAACCAUGUUAAGAAGAUCCAGAGGCAACAGAUUGCUACAGCACAACAGGAUGAUCCAGAAGUCAUCACUCUGGAAGAAAUAAAUUGUUCUAAAACUUCCAUUUCUUUUGAAAAUGGGAAUUCAAAUACUAAGGGUUUGGAAAUAGAGACAUUGACUGCUUCCACUGAUGGAAACAAAGAGGUCAUCCGUGAACACAUGGCUGAAUUUAUUAAAAUUCCUAUUGGUAUAGCAGAGAAUGCUAUUGAAAAUGGCAAACCAGACACUUCUUUCAAUAAUAUCUCAGAGUCUUUACCUCAGUGUGAUGAUGACUAUGAAGAGGAAGAGAAUGAAGAUGAUUGUGAAGAUGACUAUGACCUGAAUCAAGAAACAUCAGUACUUCAUAAAAUCAAUGGAACUGUUUGCCAUCCAAAAGAUGUAUAUGCUACAGACCAAGAAGGUAAUUUCAAGUGCCCUGCUAUUGGCUGUGUAAGGAUAUUUAAAAGAAUUGGAUUUCUAAAUAUGCAUGCAAGGACUGUACAUCCAACUGAUUUAAAUGUGCGGCAAACAGUAAUGAAGUGGAGCAAAGGAAAAUGCAAAUUUUGCCAAAGGCAGUUUGAAGAUUCUCAGCAUUUUAUAGAUCACCUUAAUAGACACAGCUAUCCAAAUGUGUACUUUUGUUUGCAUUUUAAUUGUAACGAGUCAUUUAAGCUGCCAUUCCAGCUUGCCCAGCAUACAAAAAGUCACCGGAUAUUUCAAGCUCAGUGUAGUUUUCCAGAAUGCCAUGAGCUUUUUGAAGAUCUUCCUCUGUUAUAUGAACACGAAGCCCAGCAUUACUUAAGCAAAACACCAGAAUCAUCUGUACAACUGAGUGAAGCAGUUCUUAAUCAUCAGGAAAUAGACCCUUCUUCUAGUGAUGAGAACCAAACGGUUUAUCAGCCAGUUUCUACUAGUAAAUCAAGGAAAGAUUCUACAGAACCAAAGACAUAUAUAGACACUAUGGAAAAGAAAACAGACAAUUUAUUUCAGAAUGGAAAUGAACAUUCUGAUAAUACUGUUUCAAAUAUAAGCUUGAUAGACCAAAAGAUGCCUGCCAUAGAGCCAAAUCCUGAAAGUAGUCAUAGUACCAGUGACUUAGUCAAUGGACACAGUGAAAUAGAGCAAACACUGUUAGUUACGUCAGAUCCUUCUCUGAAAUCAGAUAUAAACAGAAACAGGACAGAAAAUGGUUCUGCUUUAACCAAUGUUGUAUCACAAGAACACAGUGCCCUGUCAGUAUCUCAGGCACCAUCUAAACCAAAUCUUUCAAGUGAACAUACUUCAUAUGGCUUAAUUUUAACAAAGCCAUACGUUAGACCUUUGCCUCCCAGUUACCUUGAUGAACGAUACCUUAGUAUGCCAAAACGCAGAAAAUUUCUGACUGAUCGAGUAGAUGCCUGUUCUGAUCAAGAUAACAUAUGUAAAAAACCAGUGGAAAGAUUACGAUGUGGCAAAUGCCUGACCACCUACUGUAAUGCAGAAGCACUUGAGGCUCACCUUGCACAAAAGAAAUGUCAGACACUCUUUGGAUUUGAUUCAGAUGAUGAAAGUGCCUGAUAAUGUCUCAGAAAGAUCUUUUGAUCAUGCUGUAGUGUGAAACAAACAAAAAACACUACAAGAAAAUGCAUCAUCCAGUUUGCUAUUUCCCUGAUGGCCUUAAUUUUAGAGUGGUCUCGGAUUACUAAAGAAAAGACAAAGCACAUUUUCUGGAAUGAACUUGUAGAGGAGAUGUGCCGGCUAAGACUCCAAAAGGGUUAUAAUAUUCCCAAAGUACCAGUUAUCCAUGAAACCACACUUUUUAAAAGUUUAUGGUGAUUAAUAGCAGCAUGUUCAGUUUUGCUUAUGUGAAAACACAUUUGGGUAACUAGUCAGAAAUAAAAACCAGCUAUGGCCUUACUGAAGAAAGGAAAAAGUUGAUUCAUUAUAAUAAGGUGGAGGGGGAGCUGGUUUACAAUAAACAAUGUAAAACAUUCUGAAAAUGGGAUUUGAUUUGUUUUCUUGUCAUGCAUAUUCAUUAUGUCUUCCCUCUGGUCAAACAUAUUUUAAAGAACCAUUCAUUGCUCUUUAGUUUUUGAUAUAAUUUAGAAGCUGAUACAUAGAAAUGAAGCUUGAUUUAUCACCAUGCUAUCUACUAAAGAUUGUAACUUGUUUUCAAAUGACUAAGUAGGCAGGUCAGAGUUGAGUGAAUGGCAUGCCACCAUUGAAAAAUAAAAAUCCAAACAAAAACAGUGCUUGGUUAAGCUCUUGAUAAGAACAUUCAGCAUACCACUUCUGUAAAGUCCACUCAUUAUAUUUAAAAUGCAGCAGUGUUAAGUAGAAAAGUAAGAAUAGUAUCAGUUUCUUUGGGAGGAUGCAAGAAGAAUCUAAGUCCAUCGCAUGGUAGACAAUUGAAGGAAAACACUGAAUUGAAAAUUCUUCAAUGUGAAUAAUGGUAAAAGCACACUGGGCUAUUUCUAUCUGUACAUAGUAUUAGGACAUUGCUUGAUGAUUCAUAGUAAAGUCCUUUAGACAUUAGUGUGAGUUAUCUAAGUAUGAUCCUAUGAAAAUAAUUGGCUUAAAAGUAUGUCUGUUAAGAAUCAGAUGAAGAGUUUACUUUAUUGAGUUAGGAGAAUUAAUUCCAAAGUAAGCCAUACUAAUGUACUUUCUUCAAAAGUGAUGAAUUUGGCCUACAAAAUAAUUUUUGUACUUAAGAAAGUAUUUACACCAAAAUUUGCACAACAGGAACACAUAACAUAUAUUAAUGCAUUAUUGUCUUUGGUGACCAUUAAUUUUCCUAAGAAAGAUUUUAACUUAUUAAAUUAUUAAAACAAAUGUUUUACAGGUUAAAAAAAAUCCUCUAGAUAUUUUACACCUAUCUACCUACUCCUAUAUUACUCAGAAAUGCGAUAAAGAGAAUACAAACAGGUGAAUUCUUUAGACACACUUUAUAUCACUGACAACUGAGUGUGUUCCACUUAUUCCAGCAUGGUUUUAUAUAAAUCAGACAAUCUCAUCACACAUACUACAGAUUUUAGGAACAUUAUGGCUACUUGAAUGAGGUUAUAAAAAUGAGACAUUACUUUUAGGGUGGCAUCCAGAUGUUAAAAAAAUUUUUUUUCCAGGAAUGCUAUACCAGAGGAUUUUUUUUUAAAGUUCUGUAUUUUAUUAUUUACCAUGGGCAUUUGCAACUAUGCAAUGAUGGUCGUUAGUCCAUUCCAAUCAGAUUUAAGUUAGUUUUAGUUUUGUUAUAUAGCCUACAUUAGGCUGUGGAAUUUACAUGCAGAAAACAGAUAAGUACAACUCAAAAGUUCUAAAUCCAUUAAAUUCAACUCAAACUGUUUUCCAUAUUUCCUGACACUAAAAAAAUGUAAUAAUUGACUUUUAGUUCAUCUUAAAAGUAUAUCUUGUAAUAAAAAUUGUUUGAAAACUGGUUCAUUUGCACAAUGAAGUUUUUUUUGAAACAUAAUUUCUGCUUUGUACAUUUUCCACUUAAUAACAUUUUACCAUUUCUUUACUUUUUACAACUGUAACCACUGAUAAAUAUAAGUACAUAAAAUGUUAUUUUCGUGAAUUUUGAAGUUUGUGUGAAGAUGUCUUAAACAAAUUCCAUCUGCUAUUUUGACUUUAAGCUUAAUUUAAAGGUUUUCUCUUGUGUUGCUAGGAGAAAUUUUUCAUAUAGAUAAAAAUGGUUCAUAUUUAAUCAAAUCAAAAUGUCAUGUAACAUUCUGUUUGACCACAUUUUUCUUACCUCUUUAUAUACUUCUCACUUUUACCUCUUGAAAGAAUGUGUGCAUUUUAUGAUUUUACUCCAAAACACUUUGCUUUUGUGUGAACUUCCAGCAGAUCUCAUUUGGGAUUUAGAAAGGAAGCUAUUGUCUCACUUACACUCUUUCCCAUCUCCUUUCUUUUUUUCUACUUUUAUGUUGAGGAUACAUGGGCCAAGUUUCAAAUCUUUGUUUUAAAAUUCUUCUAUGUGUCAGUGAGGUCAGGAAAAGUGCAUACCUGAACCCUUGCUGCUAGACACAGAAGACGCACAGGAGGGAAUCUCCAUGGACAAGGACACUGGUACUUUGGGCACUAGCCAUAUUCAUUUUUUGAAAACCACCAAUAUAUAAUGAAUCCAUAAUUUAUAUCAUUGAUCUUGUGAUUCUUUUCAAAUCACACUGAAUUUAGCUGUAAUUCCAUGUUUGGUUUAAUGUUGUAUGAAUGAAAAGCCUAAAAGGGAUGAUAGUGUUUAUUUUUUAAUUUAUUUGGUACUGUCAAACACCUUUUCAGAAUGAGCAAAUGCUGCAUAUGCAUUUUGGAAUUGUUAUUAUGUGAAAGAUAUUACAGAUUCAGCAAGAAGGGAAAUUUGUGCUUCCUUGUUGAAUAUUAAAUUAUUUUACUUUGCAUUUUAUAAAAGUACAAAUUAAAACUGAGCCAUUGAACUGCAAUAAAUCAACAAUAGUGUCUCAUUUCAAGAAACUUUUUGUAUUGUACAUAGAUUUGUUCAAUAAAACAUUGUCCUUGUUGAUAA